AUGGCUUACUCGCGCAGAGCCGGGUAUCAUCUUGGGAUGUCAAAAGAUGUGGGUUCCCCCACUGGACGGGCGCUCAUGAUUGCCUCGUGUUGA